GGGGGUGGCGGAGGCGGCGGCGGAGGGUCCGUGUCUCCCCUGCCGCGUCCCCUCGCUCGGCUCGGCGGGCGCCAUGUUGGCUUGAGCCGAAGAUGACAGGGGGCGGCUGCGGGCGAGGAUCGCGCUGAAGGAGCGGCACCUCCGGCUCGCAGCGCGGCUCUCGGGGGGCGGCCGGAGCCGCCGGCGGACGAGGCGGGGGAGGGAGGGAGGGCGGGCUGAGGAGGAGGAGGAGGCGGCGGCGGCGGCGGCGAUGCGAGCGGAGAGCUGAGAGCUGAGACUGCGGGAGGCGGCCGCCGUCGAACGCCCCCCGGCCCCCUCCGAGCGCCGCGGGGGAGGGCUCUCCCUUCCGAGCGCCCUCCCUCCCUUCCCUCCCCGGCCCGCGUCCCCGCCGGGCGCUGUUGGAUGCCGCACACCGCCUAGGGGGGGCCGCAGCCCGGCGUCCUCCCCAGCGGCCCCGGGCCCACCCCGGCCCUCCCGCCUCCCUGCCCCGCCGCCCAGGGCAGGAGCCAGGUCGUGCCUGCGCGCCCGGGUCGCCUGCGCCGACUGAGGAGGUGACUUGGACGCACUAUUAUCCCGUGUGAAUCAUCCUGUCGUCAUUUGUCGAGGCUGGGAGAGAAGGCAGAGGGCGAGAAGGGGGGAAAAAGCCCGCACGCAGCUCAUGUGGCGGUGUAGUCCUGCUGCCUGGUCUACCUGGCACCGCUGGUGCUGCUGCUGCCGCCGCUGCCGCUGACAGGGAUCUGCUGCCAUCUCUGGUCUCCCGCUGGCUCCUCCGGUCCAGCCCGGCACCGCUGCCCCUGGAUAUUCCUGCUUCUCAGCCGGCCGCCUUCCCCACUGCUUAUCGAGCACCGCUUUCGCGUAGGGAACGUGGAAGCUGCUGCCUCCCAUACUGACACCGGUUUUGCAUCUUGAAGAUCUCCGGCGGGCUGCUCUUGGUGCUGCUGCUUUUUUUUUUUUUGUUUGUUUGUUUUUGUUUUUUUAAGUUGAUUUUAAGCCAUUUAGGGUAACAUCAAAAUGUCCAGCAGCGUUCCAGCUGAUAUGAUAAAUUUGCGCCUCAUCUUGGUAAGCGGGAAAACAAAAGAGUUCCUGUUUUCACCGAAUGACUCUGCUGCAGAUAUUGCAAAACAUGUGUAUGACAACUGGCCAAUGGAUUGGGAAGAAGAACAAGUCAGCAGUCCAAAUAUCUUGCGGCUUAUUUAUCAAGGGAGGUUUCUUCACGGCAAUGUGACAUUAGGAGCAUUAAAACUUCCUUUUGGCAAAACAACAGUGAUGCAUUUGGUGGCUAGAGAGACACUGCCAGAACCAAACUCUCAAGGUCAAAGGAACCGUGAAAAAACUGGAGAAAGCAAUUGCUGUGUAAUCCUGUAAACCCUGUUAGCUUUACCUGCUAAGUGUGAUGUAAUAUAGUCUUUGUCUUUCAUGCUGCUGGAAUAGAAGAGGCCCUACCUUGCUUCAAACACCUGUAGGAAGAGCCUGUCUGUAAAUCCAUGGAACUGAAAUAAUACACGAACACUGUCUCAUUAGUCUUUUUUUAAAAAAAAAGUGAAAGAUCUAUGAACACUUUAAUUAUUUUUUUCAAUUCCUCCUUUUUGUUUGUUGAAUAAUCUUACAGUACAUCACUUUUUGAAAGAAUUCAGUCGCCAGAAAGGUUUAUGUUCUUUUCCAUAGCAGGAAUCUUUUUGCUACCACAAAAAUCUGCAUUAACCGGAUCUAACCAGUCAAGCUUUCUAGAUGCAAUUUGCACUAAAUAUGGUUGACAGUAUAUUUCUCAUCAACAAUCUCUAACAAUAUUUGAGACAUCUAGUAAUAACCCACAAUGUAUAAUGCAACACUGGAAAAUAGUAUAUUAAUAAUUAAAACAAAUCUCACUUAUGGCCAAAUCAAAGGAAAAACUGUUAAGUCAAUUCUACCUAAGUCAACCUCGGUGGCCAAACUGGCACAGAAUACUAACUAAACCAAGUCUAAGUAUAUAUAUUUUCACUACAACAAAGAAAAAAUACUAUGUGCCUGUAAUUUAAAAGCACUCUGUAGAGGGCUGAUGAAACUGAUUUUUUUGUUACUGUGUGCACUCCAAUCGUGUGUUAGUUGAGUGCUUAUUCAGACAGCACAAACAAGUGCAGAGAGUGCAUUUCCUAGCCUUAAUAUGGGAGGGGUAGUUUCCUGUAGUUCAUAGGCUUUUAUUAUUGUGCAUAAACGUUAGAAAACAUCAUUUACUGAUCAAUUUUAUGUAUUUGAAUAUUGGCAAUUGGUGUUUUUCAGUCAUUUUUCUCAUCUGUACCUUAGACUCCAGUGUCAUGCUUACUCAUUAGAGAUUUCAAAAAGAAUUAUUAAAAUUUAAAAAGCAAAAAGAAAAACUUCUGCCACAGUACUAGUUUUUUUUUCUUUACGUAAUCUGCAUUUGGUAUUAGUGCUUGCAAUGGUAUUAAAAUCAGAAAGCUGAUUUUUGAAGGCAUACAUAAUUGAAAAGGAUGCCAUUCUUUUAUUUCAUAUCAAUAAUUUAAAUGUUGAUAUGCUAAAGAAGUUUGCACAGCACUAAAGCAUGAGCUAGUUUCAUCUAAACCUGUAAAAAAUAAAAAUAAAUAAAAAUUAAAAAAUAUAAAAGAUUUUAUAUUUUUUCACUGGGGAGGAAUUCUUCCUGGGUGAAAUUACAAAUAUGUGUAGAAUAUAUUUAAUAAAAAUCUUAUAAAAUACAUAACUAUAGAAGUUAAAUAUAGAUUGGCGUGUAGUAUAAUAGAACAAUAUUCCAUAUAAAUAGCUUUAGCCUUUAAAAAACUGAGUCACAGGUUGACAUUGUGUUCUGUACUUAAGUGUCCACAACUCUUACAGAUGUUCUGUGUAAUCGUUUUUCCGAAUGAUUGGCAUCAUUCAGAUGUAAACAGGUUAUUUUAUUCAUUGUUACUGCUUUGAUGAAAUGCUUUAUAUGCAGUAGAUUUACAAAAAUAUUGUUCAUACUGAUCAGAAUUAAAUUUGUAUAGAGCAGAGUUUUAAAACAAAUUGUAAAUAGCACUAAACAUUUUCUUUCUGCAACCUGUACUGAUAGACACUUCUGUAAACUAAAUAAAAGAAUAUUGUAGUGCA